AUGCAAAUCUAUUUUUAUUUGAUAGCACUCGCAAUUUGUAUUAUAAAUAUAUCUGCUGAAACUUUGCAAAAAUGUAGAAAUAAUACUCAUGGGGAUUGUCAAAAUUCCUCAAAGGUUUUGUCAAGAAGAAAAAGGUAUCUUACUUUUCCCGAUGGAAGUUCGUUUCAAUUAGUAUUUUGCGCUCAAAACCAUGGUUACAUACAACUCGGAGACAUUGUAUGGUUCGCUACAACGGCAGCGUUAGCUUGGGAACUGCCUACCGACCCUAAAUACCUAUCAAUAUUCAAGGAACACAAGAAAAUAUUCGAAACAACGGGAAACAGGAGAUCAGAUGCGUCUAAAGUUAUUUAUUACUUAGACGAAGACGGAAAAGUUAUAGGGAAAAGGCCUUACAAAAGAAAACCAUUUGUAAGUCCGGUAUUUGCGAAGCGAAGUGUUGACACAGAAAACCGGAUAACAGCCAAAGAGUUACACGAAAUGCAUACGAAAAACAAUUUUCUUAAGAAUGUUCCGUUGGAGUCCAUCGAAUUUCAUAGGGAAGGAAGGAAAGAUUUGUAUGAGAAAAUUGAGACGUUCCUGAAUGGGAUGGGAUGGAAUGGUGAAGAGUGCGUGCUGCGGUUCCUCUGUGAGGCUAACAAGGAGAAACCCUAUCAAGGAACAUUUCUGGAAGAGAUCUUCAAAGCUACUUUUUCAUUGCCUCGCGGUCCGGAGUUUCAGCUUGGGAAACACAAGCGGUAUGAUUCGGCGCACGGGAGCGACGCCGACUGCGGAAUAUCUUAUCCCAACUGUGAAUACAGAGAGUCACAACUGUUUGACCAAUAA